AAACAAAUUCAUUCAAGAGAUGCGGGAGACUCGAAGCGCUGCCUGAGCUUCGGGCAAGCCAAGGGGGAUGAGGGACGCCCAAGAAACAGCAUGUCUGCUUUAGGUACUUCGGGUGAAAUUUUGGAAUGGUUCAGAGCCAAUAAAAUGCAGAUUUCUGCUGCUAUCAAAGACUUAUUUCCCUUCCUCUUUAUCCUGCGAGACAAGAACAUAAUAUCUGAAGAGCAGUUUAAGAAUUGUUUUGAGCAGGUAUCGUCAAAUGCAAAUGCUCUUCACAGAGUGGUAUACAGUGUACUUGAAAGCAUUACAAACAAUGUGUCAGGAGUAAAGGAGAUUUUCUGCCAAGAGAACCUGGAAGCAUAUCCAAAUUUAAAGCCAAUACACGAAAGCCUAGAAAAUGUUCUCCAGCGUGCUACAAAGAGCUCUGCCACAGGACCUGGAAGCAAGAACAUAUUCCAGACAAAGAAGAACGAUUCUGAAUUCUCUGCUCCGAAAGGUGAAUUUCACAUGGGUCUCUAA